AUGCCCAAGCGCCCCGAGUCUGACUCGCAACCACUCACUAUAAACUUGCAGAACUCAAAUGACCUUUCGUUCAAUGAAUCGCACACUGCUGGCGACCCGGACUCGUCUAAUGAUGGACCACGCCCCCCGCCAAUCUUUGUGGGACCUACGCCUCUUAACACGCCGACGGAUUUGUCUCCCACUUAUGAUCAAAGCCAAGAAAAUAACCUACGUAAAGCCAUUCUCAAGAGCCAAACUAAUCACACUGGUGCCAUUGUUGCACCCUCGUCCAAUUUCCCUCCUGUUCCUUUGUCGGAAGACUACGUCGAGGAACAUGAGGGCGGUCUUAUCGCGAGCGCCGUUGAAAUCAUCAAUACAGCGCGCGAUUUGUUUGGCGUUAUUAUUGGCUCCCCUCGAAAUAUGAGUCGCUCAUGGUAUGAAUAG